AUGCCAGAGAAACUCGUUAAGGCUCUGGAUGCAGUUCUGGUAACUCAAAAGCUUAGUAUUGAUCUUAUUUCAAAUACCUUUGAUGCUAAAUUCAAAGAUUUAUCGAAACAAUUUGAUGCAAUAAAAGAUCUAAUAAUCUCCUUGCAUUCGACCAACAACAACUCGAGUGCAAAUAACCUUAACGCUGUGAAUGCUGAUAUGAUGGCUGCGGAAUUCAAUGCCAGAAAAACUGCUGCUAAUGUUUCUUACAACAAUAACUACUAUUGUUCCUCACCUGGUGUUUUGGAGUUUUCCGCUGUCCCUCAUGCAUUUAAUUCGCCACGGGCACAGUUUGUCAGUAACGUUAACGGUAUCUCUCCCGCUCAUUUGGAUUCUGCUGUAACAAUCGCUACAGCUGUCAAUACACUUGUAACUAACGAUAGCACAUACACCUCUAUUACUGCGCCUACAUCGAUGUCAGCCGUUGCUCUUCAAUCUACACCUGCUGUCUCUCUUAGCACUACUUCUACUAGACCAACUUGCUCGUCGUUCGCUGAUGCUGUUUUGUUGUCUAAUACUAAUACUAAUAUUAAUACUAAUACUAAUAUUAAUACUAAUACUAGUUCGCAUGGCUCUAAUACUGUACGUCAAGUUGGUGGCCUCAUGGAUGCAAAUACUGUCGCAGAUUGCACUGUCAAUUUACCUGCUGUUACCACUACCACCACGAAGCCGUCAACCCCGUGCACUGCUAAUGCUGUUGUUGCUGCUAAUACAUCUUUACCCGGUAUGAGCUACGCUGCUGCUGCCGCUGCUGGCACUAAUUCCGUGCAAUCGAAUGGAAAUCGCUCUGUUAGGUCUCCUGCCGGUGCUGUUGCGGAAAUCAACACCGAUGAUUCUUAUAAUUCAAUUACAAAUUACGCUGCUGCUGCUGAUACAAUUUCUGUGCAAUCUAAUGUUAAUCACGCUUCAUCGCCUACCCCUCUUUCUACAAAUUCCGCAGCGCGCGACAUUGCCUAUGCUAAUCCAAAUGCAAACACUUUAACUGCAUUAGGGUGUGCCAAUAUGCGUUUACCUAUUAAUACAGCCGCUUCGCCUUCUACACGCAUUAAUGAUCUAAAUGAUAUCGGGGCUAUUUACCUCGUAACAAUAAUGCUAAGAAAGUGA